CUCCGGAACCGGAAGCUCGCCGGCCGCCGUCCCCGCCACUCCCAGUAUGGCGCAGAAGCCGGGGGCACACACACUCCCAGCCGCUCGGGCUCCCCGGACGCCCAACAUGGCGGAGCGUCGCGGCCGCUCCGUUACCGCAGCAACGGCGGCCGGAGGCCCCGGCGCCCGGGCGCCCUCGGCCCUGGAGCUGCCGUGGCUCCGGGGCGAGGAGGCCGCCGCCAGGCCCUGGGACGCGGGGCAGCCCACGGCGGCGGCGGCCGUGCUGGCGCGGUGCUUGGCGGCGGGCGUCGUGAGCCAGGAGACUUUGGAUUUAACCUGUAAAAAACCCCCAUGCUUUAUGAAGUUCUCAGAGAUGGAGCAAAUCGCAAACAUUCAAGCUGAAAUCAAUCAGAAAAAAAUGGAAACUGAAAUCCUGCAGUUGGAGAAGGAGACAGCAGACAUUACUCACCCUUUUUACUUGAACCAAAAGUGCCAGAUCUUCCAAGAUAUGAACAGACACUUGGAAGCAGUGCUGAAAGAGAAAAGGACUCUCAGACAAAGGUUGAUGAAGCCCAGAUGUCAAGAGAACCUGCCUAUUGAGGCUCCUUUCCACAGGUAUGUAGUAGAGUUGUUGACUGAGGCUGUGACUUUCAUUGAGAAGCUUGAAAGCCAUUUGCAGACCGUAAGAAGCAUCCCUCAGAUACCCAGCGUCAUGAAGAAUAUGGACACUGCUUUGACAAAAACAGAGGUGCUAGUGACAGAGUUGGAGGAACUGACAGAGCAAAUACUGAAAUGGAGGGGACUGCAAAAAGGAGUGCAUUCUGACAACAUCUAUAAUCCUGCUGAACUGGACUUUAGCUUUUCUUUAACCUGACAAAUCAUUUUUUCUCCGCAGAUAGGAUGGCCGUUCAAAGAACUACCCUUUAACAGUCUUCUGUGAAAACUACAAUAUAAUAGUGCCUUAAUCCAACAGGGACUUUAUAGCUAGUUAUUUUUUCUGUUCUUACAUGAUAUUUGAAUGGUUAACAGUUCUCAGCUAUAAACAAAAAAAUGUAAUUGGACAAUGAGCAAUAGCUCAUACAAAGACAAACCAGUGAGAAGACCGUUAGGGAGUUCCUUUUUGAAAUAGUCAGGUAGAGUUGUCUUAGAGCCUGUAUCUUCAAUGCAGGUUUUCUUUUGAUAUUGGUCAUGUAUUUGCUGUAAUGUCCACGUUUGUUUUCGUAAGUGCUAUAUUUUUGUAUGUCGUUGUAAAACUUCAAUAAAUGCACUAGAUUAUUAAGA